CAAGAAGCUCGGUUUACCCGAUUUUUGAUCGAGAAAGCUUGCUCAACGUCGCGCCAUAUCACCAACCUACCGACAAGACCACCGCAACCUUCUUCUCGCCGCCACCCCCGCGAUUUUCAAAAUGGGCUUCUGGGACGCUGUCACCGACCUCAUCGACGCCGCCACUCCGUGGGCCACCGUCGAGGCCGAGGCCCCUGCCGAUACCCCGGCCGAGACAGAGAUACAGUCCACCACGGCGAGAGGGAGGUGGGGAGGCUUGAUCAACACAACGGUUGAAGAUCUGCCCUACCUCCUGUAGGAACAAGGGACAUGACUGCCCCUGCUUCCGAGAGCACUGAGGAGACCACCGCCGAGACCAAGGCUGAGGAGUCCGCCCCCGCCGCCGAAGAGCCCGAGGAGGAGGCUGAGGAGGAAGAGGAGGAGGAGGAGGAUGAGGAUGAGAUCGUCGACCCCAAGGAGACUCUCGAAGAGGAGUGCCGCAACUCCAAGGAGUGCGCUCCCGCCAAGCACCACUACGAUGAGUGCGCUGCCCGCGUCACCGGCGCUGGCGCUGACAACAAGGAGGACUGCGUUGAGGAGUUCUUCCACCUCGUCCACUGCGCCACCCAGUGCGCCGCUCCCAAGCUCUGGAACACCCUCAAAUAAGCGAUCGAUCUACCUCGACGGUCGUUUCGCAUUCCUGAUGCGCCUGCGACUUUCUUGACCCCAACGCUCAGCAGUCCCGAUGACGAAAAAAGCGACCUCUCGAACGACAACAAGGGUGCAGUCCGGUGGAGCUAUUUCUUUACAUGGAGACAAUGGGGCGUUUCACGAUAGACAAGAUACACGAAGGAAACAACCAACGUACGUUUAAUCGUUUACGAUGACGACCGGGAAUAGAAAGCAAUUAGGAUCCAAUCGCCAAAAGUUCAAAAUCAUCCAGCAGCCAUCAUGGAAUACGAACAGAGACGGGAAAGCGAAAGAGUGCCAGGUGAAAAAGGGGAGGAAAAGGACAAAGGGACUUUCAGGAGUUACACAUGCAUGCUGCACGAUGAAUGUGUUUACACUUGACCUUUCCCCUCUCCUCUCCAAACGAACGUCUACAUAAGGCUGGGGGAAGCAAGGCAGUAUGACGGGAGGCAUUCUCUUCCAUGAUUUUGGCAUGUCCCCUCUGAUUCGGUUUUACUUCCCCAGCCUUGUCGUGUCUCUUCUGUAUUAUAAUCCUUUCGACGUCACCUAACUCUCAAAAGCAGACACAGGUGAAUAUUGCCCAUAGACCUCCUUACUUUUUUUUUUUUUGCUUGUAUCCCAUUUUCCGGUCGAUGUUGUUUCUCUCACUUUGUGCUCACCUCACAUGGAAAGACAUCUUGCACCAUUCGCUCGGAAACGGAGAUGUCCUGUACAAUUGUUUAGUUACUUUUGACAUGAUAACACGCCAAAGAACACUUGGAAGCAAAUGAGAGGAUGCAUGAAACCUCUUGGUCUUCUGAAUGCCACGAUAAACGGUUGGCGUGGUUUUUUCUAUACGUACUGUAGGUCUCUACUGUCGCUGCUCGAUGGGGCCAUGCAACGAAACGACCGAAAUAGGUGGUGAUGAUCUGAUGAGGGUGGUUUUGUCCUGAGAUAACAUACCCCCUCAUUGUCGAGUGUACAUACACACUCAACCUAUUUUCUAGCUUGCAUUCGCAGAUGCGACCCUAUGAUAGCUUCGCAUUGCGCAACAGGAUAAGAUGGCAUGUGGCAGCAAGGGAGGGAGCAAGGAGGGGGUGAGGG